UUAAUGACCAAUUUCAGUUUUUAAAUUUUUUUCCCCCAAAAAUGCAAUGAAUAUAAAAUACACAGUCAAAAAUAGCUACUGGAAUUACAAAACUUUUUGGUAUAUUUAUUUGGUUGUAAUUAAUAAGAAUAAUGUUUGAUGCAUUAACUUUCAUUAUUUUGUUCGUGAUAUAAGCUUAUCGCAUAAUUCUUUACAUAAUUCCCUUUGGGGAAACUUUAGUUUGUGGAAGAGAAUUUUGGUGAACAUGGCUACGCGAUGAAUAUUCGCGCUUUUUUAGAGGGGUUUUUAAAAAUAUUUACGUUACGAUUGGUGUGAUGGUUCUAUCGUUCAGUUGUGUAUUGGAAUAUUUAUUUUGGUAGUUCCUUGUAGCAUUCACGAUGCCUCUGCAGCCGAGACCCACUCGUAACCCGGAGGAAGUGCCGGAAGAAUGUAGACAGCACUACCUUGACUUGUGCCGGGGAAUAGAGAGGUCCAUGGAGCUACGUAAAGGAAGGAAGCUGACGAUCGACGAUUUUGAAAUAGGUUUCCCGCUGGGGCGCGGUAAGUUCGGGAGGGUGUACCUGGCCAGAGACAAGAUCUCCCACUACGUGGUCGCGCUGAAGAUACUGUUCAAGAAGGAGCUGCGAGACUGCAAGAUGGCUGUGCUGGUGGCCCGUGAGAUCGAGAUACAGGCGCAUCUGCACCACCCUCGGAUACUGGAGCUGCUGACGUACUUCCACGACGCAGAGAAGAUCUACCUGGUGCUGGAGUACGCUCCUGGCGGGGAGCUGUACAAGUUCAUGAACAAGAUGCCCAGCGUCCAGUUGCCGCAGGAGCUGGCUGCCAAGUUUGUGCACCAAGUGGCCUCGGCCCUGCAGUACUGCCACCAGAACAAUGUCAUGCACAGGGACAUCAAACCGGAGAACCUGCUUCUGGACAUCCAAGGAAACAUCAAGGUCUCUGACUUUGGCUGGUCCUGCCAUUCCGAGUCCAACAGGCGGAACACGAUGUGCGGCACCCUGGACUACCUGCCCCCCGAGAUGGUGGAGUCGAAGCAGUACAGCUACUUCGUGGACAACUGGUGCCUCGGGGUGCUGCUGUACGAGUUCCUGGUGGGCAAGCCCCCGUUCGAGUCGGAGAACGACAAGAUCACGUAUAAGCGCAUCAGCAACGUGGACAUCAGGUGGCCCCCGCACAUCCCCCCCGGGGCCAAGGACCUCAUAUCCAAGCUGCUGGUUCACACUCCGAGCAAGCGACUCUCGCUGGAGGACGUGAUGAGACACCCGUGGGUCGUGCAAAACAAGGACAAAGCGUAUUACUGCUUAAAGAGUCAAAAAGUUAUUUUCAGCAAGUGAAUUCUCAUGGUGGCACCUUGAAAAGCAGUGUCACACUUUUAAAGACGUGUGUGUGUGUUUUUAAUUAUUUUUUUAAAAGUGUGUGAGCAAAGUAAAGUUUUAAUUUCCUAGCAA